AUGACGAAACAAAAUAUUUACGAAUCCGUUAGUGUCAGCAUUUAUAUUGCCCUAUUUCUGGGGAUUUUUCCAACCUAUUUUAGUAAAAUAGGCAAACGCGUGAUCCUCGCCACGAAUAAGUGGUGUUCUGCUAUUAUUUUCACUUAUUUCGUCUUGUUCACUACUAUGGUAUAUAUGAGUACGUUGGCGUUCAAUCCAAUCACUGACGGAACUCUCUACAACUUCAACACUUUGGCAAAAUUGCUAACUUUGGUGGUGACACUUGUAGGAGAUUUGGGCACUUGGGCUUUGCUCAUCCAAGGCUACUUCCACAAACACCACGUCAAAAAUUUUUUCAACACUGUUGCCACCAUUGACAAAACUUUCACCAAAAUUGGGCACAAAAUCAACCACAAUUUUUACACCUACUUGGCUAUCAAUCUAAGCGGUCCUGCUUUGACUGUGAGUAAUGUGGUGAUGCAACUUUGGAAUAUGAAAAGAGGAAAAGAAAAAAUGGAUCGGCUUCCUCCCAUUUUGCUUUUCUGUCAUUUCUACAGUUUCAGUUUAGUCCAUCAUGGAGAAACUUUAUUUGUGACGUGUAAUGUUGUUUUGAGUAAGAGAUUUGAGGCGAUUGGUUUGAUUUUGAAGAAACUGGGUGAAAGGAAUUUGAUUAAGAAUUCCAAGCCUGAUGAUAAGGUUCUCGAUAUUUGUAUAGCGUGUCACGAUAAGUUGUGCGAUUUGCACGAUGUUGUUAACAAAGUUUUUGGGUUUUUGGUGAUAGUGGGAUCUCUUAUUCAGUUUAAUACUGUCGUUUUUGCCUUCUGCUACUGUUACUAUAGCAUUUCCAUUAGACCGAUUUCUACACUUGGCUGGUUCUUUUGGGCUGUAUUUCGCAUUUAUGAGUUAACUAGAAAGGCAAUUUCUGCACACAUCACAACGAGUGAAGCUCAAACCAUACUACACUUGGUUGGUAAGUUAAUGAUUCACGCCGAUACACACACUGAAGAAAAGUUAAAAAUGUUUGCUCUUCAAAUUAAACACAGAACCAGACCAUUAACAGCCCUUGGAUUAUUCCCAAUAGACGGAACCUUCGCGUUUACAAUCAUCGGAGCCACUACAACUUAUAUUACCAUCAUCUAUCAAUUUCAGGUCAAUAAACUCGCGUGUUAAGAAAAAAGAGUCGAGAC